AUGAACAUCAUUUACUCAACAGUAAAUAGCCUGCGCGACAGGUACACCCCUGCGAGCCAUACCUCAACCUUCCGAAACACGGGGGAGAUUACACCAGAGGAGUUUGUCGCCGCCGGUGACUACUUGGUUUUCAAGUUCCCAUCAUGGACCUGGUCCGAUGCCGAAACGCCCGCCAAGCGCGUUGCCCAUCUCCCACCAGAGAAACAGUACCUGGUAACACGAAACGUUCCGUGCCACCGCCGUCUAAACGACGACUUCGCUGGCGACGCGGGCCAUGAAGAAGCCGUCGUCGAGGGAGGCAAGAACAGCGGCGAUGACGGCUGGCUGCGGACCGGCGGCUUGGCAAGUUCUCAGCCACUCAAGGCGCGGGACGUACGAACGGUAGACGACGCCGGAAAUGUGGCCGACCGGGGGGCUAUCGAUGACGAAGACGACAUCCCAGACAUGGAAGAGGAAGAAGACGACGAGGCCAUCAUCCAGGAUGGCAGUCACGGCAAGCACAGCGGGAGCCGAACCUACUCGCUGUACAUCACCUACUCGCCAUGGUACAAGACCCCUCGGAUGUACAUGUUGGGCUACCAACCCAACGGCCAAGCACUUAUCCCCCAUCUCAUGAUGGAGGACAUCGUUGGCGACUACAAGGACAAGACAGUGACCUUGGAAGACUUCCCGUUCUUUGCGACGAGUGUCAAGACGGCGAGCAUACAUCCCUGCAAACACGCGCCAGUCAUGAAGACCCUCCUCGACCGAGCCGACGCGGCCCUCAAGCUGCGCAAGGAGAGGCAGAAGGCUGGCCUGGAAGUGGGCAGCAACCAAGGGCUGGAGGGACUGGAGGCGCAAGUUGUUAAGCUUGCUGUCAGCGGCACCGGUACCGAUGUCGCCAACGACGCCAACGACGAAUGGGAGGAGGUGCAGCAUGACGCUGCCGACCAGGACGUGGCCAUCCGGGUAGAUCAGUAUCUGUUCAUUGCGAGCGUGACUCCCGGCAUUGAGCAUGAUUUUACCAUGGGCGUGUAG